UAUUUGUGGCGUGUGAAUAUAUAGUGUAAUAUACAACAUGGACUGGAAAAGUGCGAGGAUCAUUUUAACAGCUACAGCAACAGUAGUAGUCGCGUCACAAGUGGCUAAGAAGAUAUACAGCUAUUUCUUCCAUUCGAGGAAGUCUUCACAAGCCGAUGCAAAUAAUGAUGACUCCUGUUGUGAAUUAAUAAACAUCAAAAAUCGAGAGAUAAACGAUGUCAUACUAUUUUCGGACGAUGUGGUUCGACAUACGAUCAGGAUCCCGCCAAAUAGAGAUAUCACAAUUUGCGAAAGCAGAGAGCUCAAACUAAUUAAAUACAUCAAAUCGGCACGAGAGACGUUGGACGUUUGUAUGUAUUUAAUUACCAGUAGCGAAAUAGCUGAACAAAUUAUAAGAUUGGGACAGAAACACGUUUUAGUAAGAAUUGUUGUUGACAGCGAUAUGGCUUACACACCUCCGUCGCAAAUAAAAAAACUGAAAGAAUAUAGUUUUAUCCAAGUUCAGACUAACAAUAAAUCUAUAUUAAUGCAUCAUAAGUUCUGCAUCAUUGACGGGCCAAAAGCCAUUAAACGGAAAAACAUAUUAAAAUCAUAUGCUGAAAAGUUAAAUGUGCACACACAACACAUAAAAUUAACGAAACCACCAACAAAACCAAAGCCUGUUAGAGGUUUUGUUAUGUCAGGUUCAUUGAAUUGGUCUACUCAUGCUAUGGUGUCAAACCACGAGAGUGUAAUAGUGACUUCACAUUCUAAUAUCGUUAGUAAAUUCGAAAAAGAAUUUGAAACUUUAUGGGUGGAGAAUGAGCCAGCACUGGUUUCGUCAAUGUGUUAAUAAAUCGAAGUAAAAGGUGUAUAUAAAAACUUUAGAUAAAUGCGGCCAUAAUGAAAUACAUGUGCAAGUGUAAUUGUGCCACGGAUGGUUCAGUGCCGCAGUGUUGGAUAAAUAGUGAAAACGAUAUGUACAUAACAUGAGAUAAACGUGGCGAAUUUGGCGAGAACACGUCGUGUGAUUGGAAAACGAUAGAUUCAAAAAAUAUUCUUAUUGGUGAACACAUGAUCAAAUUCCAUGAGGGGUGUGUGUGCAGUAUGGAAAACUAUCGGAAAUGCUCCUCUAAAAAUACUUGAAGCCUCUUUUUAGUGUAAUUAUGGAUAUAUAUCAAAGUAAUCUGAUUUACACAAUGUGUUCACGUCAAAAGUUAUUGGUGUAAACAGUUUUAAAAAUGUGGUUAGUAAGUGUGCACAUUGGAUGCAGUGUUUUCCACGAGAUGGCGCUGCUCGGAUUGUUGCUGAGUAAGUGAGAUACUUGUUUCACCACCGUCUGCUAGAUGGCGUUGGUAAGUACGAGUCAUUGUUCUU